AUGGCGGUCCCUACUUCGGAGCCGAUGGGGGCUAUGGGCUUGCUAGAUGGAAGCGAGCACUUUGCCCCGAGCACCCCACCAAGUGUCACGGGCGAAGACCUCGUGAGAGAAGAAGACAUUCCGAUGCCGUCAUUUGGCGAUGCGACGAGGAGGCGAGCUAGAAGACUGAGGUUUCAAGACUCAGCGGAGUCAGUGGGAGGAGCCUCGGAUGUGGGUGCUUCUAGCUCCGGUGGUUCGUAUGGAGCCAAUGGAGGAUGGGGCAUGAUGGAAGAAGGCUUCCGUGAACAACAUGGGAGUCUGGAUGGAGGACUUCUUCGUGGCACUGGAGAAGGAAACAUGAGCCCAAUGCAGGACCCUUGGAUGGAGAACGAUCCAUGGUCGGGAAGGCAACAGCACUGGCAGGUGAAUGCAGCGGAGAACUGGUCAGACCUGACCUCCGAUAGGCAUUCAGCGAGUGGUUCCGACUAUGGCUCGUCAUGGAGUUGGUCAUCAUCCAGAUGGUCAGCACGAGAGUGGGAGCAAUGGCAAAAUUGGGAUACGUCGUCUUCGGCAAGUCAAGAUGACCAGUCGGAAGAAGGCAAGUACUCGAAUUGGACAUGGAGGUCUUCGACUGGCUACGACGAUCCAUGGAGGAAGUGGUCGAAUUCAGGUGAACUACUUGAUGGCCGAGCUCUACCUCGAGAUGACCAUGGACAAGAACAUCGUUUGGAAGAAUGUGAACGACCUGAUCAACGACCCCAAGGAGAUGAAGGAACAGGAGCCACUCCCUUGUCACCUACGUCACCGCAGGCACAGAGAUUGAAAGACAAGGACAAUCGCCCCAUGAGAGAGAUUCCCAGUGGGGUUCCGUCAGUGGCUGGAAACAAUAGCCAACAGCAGGCGCCAGGAGUGUCAGGCAAGAUCAGCUCAUCCUAUCCGCCGAUCUUCAACGCUCGUCCAGGCGAGAGUUGGGAGCAGUACUGGAGGAGCGUGACCUUUUGGGUGGCCUCCGAAGGGAAGUCACUACCUGCGGAAAUGCAGGGUCCGAGGCUGAUGCAACAGCUGAGAGAGCGAGCAGCCAAGAUAGUCCAGCACUUGACGGUGUCGGACGUCUCUGGCAGCGAUGGGAUCCAGAAGAUCAAGGAGGUGAUGGAGCGCAGUCCCAUCAUCAAGCUGUUGGAUCAGAAGAAGAUCGACCAGAGGAGGCAGAAGUUCAUGAGACUGGCAAGGCUGAGCGGUGAAUCAAUUGAGAGCUUCUUGAAUAGAGCAGAGAUUUACCGACGGGAAAACCAAACUUCCCCGGCCUACCAGGUGGGUUCGAAGUUCUACAUUGGACACCUGCUGGAUGCCGCCAAGCUCACGAAGAGGGAUUUGGCGCUGAUAAAGGCAGCCAGUGGAGGCUCACUGGAAGAGGAGGAUGCAGUGACCACUUCACUGAUGGACCUGUCUGAACAACUUGAAGGACAAGCAGGAUGUCCAAUUGGAAAAGGCGAGCCGACGUUGGACCAAGAGGACAAGUACUUGGUACAGAAGGCUACAUCGUCUUCUAUGGCUUCCCCCUUGCAGAGCGCUACACAGUCUUCGUCCGGUGGUCCUGGUGGUCGACGAGGAAACCGACGGCGAUUCUUUGGGAGGAGACGGUUUCGAGAUGCAUUGCUGGCCAUUUUGGAGGAUGAGGAGGCGAUGGAAGAACCAGCGGAGGAGGACAAUUUCAUGGCAGAGAUCAUGGGAGAGGAGUCCAUGGACGAUGACGAAGACGACAUCACUUCGUUUGGCGGAUCGACGGCCACACCGACGUUGGAGGCGUCGAAUACGUCAACGACUACGUCAACGACAUCGUCUUCAGCUUCCUCGCUGCCCGACUUCUCGAUGGCCGAGAUCUAUGCGCAGGAGUACAAAGCUCGAAACCGUGUCAAAGAGAUCAAGAAGAUGAGGCAAUACUUCCAGCGAGAGGCUGGAGGUCAACCUCAGGGAGGACGAGACCGUGAACAGGUCAAGCAGUGGGUUCGAGAACAGCAGAAGACGGAGCCCUGUUUCAUUUGCCGGCAGCUGGGUCAUUGGUCGCAGGAGUGCCCGUACAGGAACAAGGCACCCAUUCAUGCCACCAAUGUGACCUUUCCCAGCGCUGGCGUCUCAGAAGCCAAUUGGGCUUUGCUGCAACACUGCGCGCAGUCCGAUGCGAAGUACAAGGGAGCACCACAGGGGGACAUAUCCUUGGAGGAGCUGGCACCUCCGCCACCGGCGGGCAGAUCGGUGCGUCGUCGAGCAUCACGAACGCUGUCAGAGACGAGGAGGCGAUCAGGCAGUCCUCCGCCCGAGAUCAACCAGAACAUGCUGGACCUGCAGGCGCAGAUGAACCAGAUGGCAGCGAUGAUGAUGCAGCUUCAGGAGACAGCAGCGACGGCGAAAGCCAAAGCGAAGGGCAAGCCCGGGGAGUCUGGGCAGAGUACCACCCGGGCCAAGGGGAACAAGGAGAACAAGCGGGCGGCACUCACAGGCAGAGAAGCGGAUUUUCCCACUCUGUCCAACAGGUACAGCUACGACCUCACCUUCAACAUUCUCGGCAGCUUGACGGAGCAGACCCUGACCUUCAAGUGGAAGAUGAUGCUGCUGCAGCUGCGAGUCAAGAAGGCAGUCGAAGCAGACAAGGCUGCCCGCAGGAAAUGGAAGAAGAACCCCAGGUGGGUGUUGCACAUGCACGGACGCUUCUUGGCCAGUCUGUGGGGACAUAUCGGGAGCGCACGUCAACUAUGCUUCAACCCCAAGAUCUAUCACCUGGGUUAUCCCGAAGAGGACAGGGAAAGGAUAGAAGGAUUGAUGAUGCCCCCAGCACAACAACGGCAGCUCUUCAGAGAAGGGAUUGAGGAGCUACAUCAACGUGGAGACCUUUCUGAGGAGCUACGUCAAAGUGGAGACCUUCCUGAGGAGCUACUUCAAAGUGGAGACCUUCUUGAGGAGCCACAACAAAGUGGAGACCUUCCGGAGGAGCUACAUCAAAGUGGAGACCUUCCUGAGGAGCCACAUCCAAGUGGAGACCUUCCGGAGGAGCCAUAUCAAGAGAAGGAAGUCCUUCAUGGAGAAGCCCAGUCCCAAGGAGGCAAGAAGCGGAUCACCCUCAAUCGAAGGCAGACCAGGAGCAUUCGGCAAGGAGUGCAGAAGGCCUUGAAGGUGCAACAGAGGAUAUAUGCAGCAGCACACAUGAAGCAGAGACCGUGGGUGCUGCUGGAGGUGUUUGCUGGGAAGGCCACUCUAUCCAGCAUGGCGAAUGAAUCGACGAAGUGGGAGGUGCUGCCCCCUCAGGAUGUUCUCUAUGGGUUGGACUUGAAGGAUGAACAGCACCAGCAAUGGCUGAAAGAUGUCAUUGAAACCCAGAGGCCAGAUGUGGUCGUGCUCUCCCCCCCAUGCGGCCCUUGGAGUUCUUGGCAGAGGAUGAGAAAGAGGAGAGAUCUGCUGGAAGCGCUGCGGAGAGAGCAUCAACCGUUCUGGGAUUUGGUAUGCUGGAUAUGGGCCUUUCAGACCGCGCAUGGAGGUCUGGCAGUUCUAGAACAGCCCAAACAGAGUGAUGCGUUGCGGAUGCCCAAGAUGACACAGCGGAAGCAGGUGUACGAGAAGGAGGUGCACAUGUGUCAAAUGGGCUUGGUGGAUAGGGUCUCAGGAGACCCGCACAAAAAGUCCACGGCAGUUCAGAUGAACCACCCCGUGAUCCUCACAGAGGUCUUUCCCGAAAGGAAAUGCGACCAUCCACCAGGAGCACACCAGCCCAUCGAAGGACAUGUGAGGAUAUGGGAUGAGCAGCAACGUCGUUACAGGCAAGUGAGGAGAUCGACGUUAGCAGCCGAGUGGACACCUGAGUUCUGUGGAUGGCUUCUUGAUGGAUUGGAAGCAGUUCAGGAGGAAGCAGCCCAGACGUUUCAUCUGGAGCUGCAUCGGGAAGUACCCAUCACGAAGAUUUGGGAGGCAGUCCCAGUAGAGCUGGAACCGACGCCUGAAGGACAGCUGAGGCAGCAUCUACAACAACAAGAGCAUGGCACAAGAUACGAUUACAUCAGCUUCUCGGGUGAUGCGGCGAUGGUCAACAAGACAAUGAGGUCGACUUUGGCACAUUUGCACGUGGCAUUAGGACAUGUCACGAAUGACAAGCUGAAGAGGAUGAUGCUGCUCAAUGGAGCGAAACCAGAGCUGGCGUCGAUCAUCGAUCACCUGGAGUGCCAGAUUUGCAAGCAGGUAAGGAGUCCUAUGGCAACCCCGAAGGCUGCAUUUCAGAGACCCAUGCAGUUCAACGAGAGGAUUGUGGCGGACUCCUUCUACAUCUGGGACAGUGAGAACACAAAGUAUGCGGUGACGCAUGUCUUGGACACCUUCUCUCUGUAUCAGAUUGCGGUGGCGGCACAAGACCCUUCCUCUGAAGGGACCACAGCGCUGCUGAGAGAUCGAUGGAUUGGUGUCUUUGGGCCCCCGGCAGUCUUGAUGACGGACCAGGGCUCCGAAUUUCAUGGACAAUUGGAACCUCUCUUGACAACAUUUGGGACGUUCCAUGAGAUGGUACCACCGACGGCUCAUUGGCGCAUGUCAUUAGCAGAAAGACAUGGAGCCGUCCUCAAGGUUCUGCUGAUGAAGAUCAUCAAGGAGCAGUCCAUCAUCGGCCUACAGCAGCUCCAAAUGGCGGUGGUGGCGGCGACAGCAGCCCGAAACAGUCAGGCAAGGAUUGCAGGAUACUCGCCAACACAGCUAGUGUUUGGCCGAGACACCACCCUGCCGACGAACAUGAUGGAAGCACUGGCAGGUCACUUUCAAUUCCAACUGGCAAGGCCGACUUCACCAGAGGAGUCGUUUUUCCGGGCGAACCAGAUCAGAAAAGCCGCGUCCGAAGCUUUCCAGUGGAUGGAGGCGAGUGAGGCGCUAAAGAAGGCAGCAGGAUCGAGGGCAAGAUUGCCGAAGUUGGAGCUGUUGAUGGAAGGUUCUCAAGUAAUGUUCUGGGAACCACCGGCCCACAGACGAGGCAUGUCGAGGAGGUUACAGGACGAUGUCUCAUGGUUUGGUCCAGCAGUUGUGGCAGCAAUAGAGCGAAAGGAUGGAGCCAUCAAGAGAGUUUGGGUGAGGUACAAGAACAAACUCAAAGGCCUUCCACUGGAGUUUGUCAGGAUGGCUGUUGCAGAAGAACAUGAGGCAGCAGCCAUAGCCAAGGAGGCACUUGAGGACCUCGCCAAACAGCUGGAGCAAGGAAGAGUGAAUGCGGAGGUGCCUGAGGAGGAGUCAUCGUCAUCCUCGAGUUCACUAGAGACAGAGCAGAGGAAGAUGAAGAAGAAGAAGGCCCUGUCAGCCAAAGUCACUUUCCGACCAGAGAGGAAAGGGUCACCUCCGGAUCCUAGAUAUCCUAUGGUGGAAUUCAGUGAUGAGGAAGAUGAGGGAAAGGAUCCAGUUUCUGCCGAUCGGGUCCGAUCAUCAGCGUCGGCUUUGGACGAUGUGCCCAUGUCCAUUCUUACCCGUGGAUCCACAGCUGCGACUUCUUCAAGGCCGAGCAAGAAGGCACGUACAAAGGAGGGAGAACGAGCUGACCCUUCAACGCGCCCAUUUGUCGAAAGACGUGGAUACUUCGACAAGGCCAUGAAGAAAACAGAGCAGCACUUCAAGGAGAUGAAGCAGAAGCUGGAGCCCAAGACUGUGCAGGUUGCAGUACCCACUCAAGAUGACAACCCUGAGAUGAUUGACAUUCAGGUUAGAAAUGAUGAACCUCCCUACAUCAAUCUCGAGCGCUUCAAGAACACCGAAUACUCGGACUCAGAUGCUGAGUUUGGAGAUGCGAAGACCCCCAGUCUCCCGGUCAUGGAUGAGGAUGGUCAACUGGGAAUGUCAAUCCUGAAGAACGAGAAUGAACCGGUGCUGUACAGGAGGACGGCAUACAACAGGUACAGCAUUGAGUAUCACCCGGCAUCCCCGUUGACCAGGACGAGACUGCCCCCGCCACCUGGGAAAGUGAUGCAUCAGAUACCAGAGCAAUUGAGGAGACCCCUGACGGCAACACAACAACUGGAGGUGGUGGCGAGGCAGAGAGAGGACCCUGCACCACAGAGAGACUACUGGAUGAUCAGCCCUGACCGGUCUGAAUUGUACAGGGUGCAUGUGGUUCCAAGAUUCCACCUGUUUGACUGCCUGGCGUACCAUCAGGAGGAGUCAGAUCACCAACCCUAUCUGCUACGCAUGCCAGGCGGCGUCAAUAGGGAAUGGAUCACUGGAGCCAGAGCCACUCAGGUGUACUAUGUCAACAACCCCUUAGAGCCGAGGAACUAUCUAGGGAUAGGUCCCUUGCCGCAAUCAGCCAUGUUCAUGCAUCCGACCGUAAGCCAGAUGAGAAUGUCGGAGUUCAUUGUGGACAAUUUGAAAUGGCAUGGAUGGAACACUCAGCAACAUCUGCUGGGUUAUUGGCAAGGUAUCACCAGAUACCAGUUGCAAGACCCGGAGGAGACCGAGUCACACCUGGUGCACUGGCUAGAAGCGAGGCACUUUGCAGAAGAAGCUUGGAGGUCAGGACAACAUCUCAUGGAGGAGUACAGGGGGAUGCAGAAGGAGAUGGGGUGGCCAAAUGAGACCUUGAUGGCCACUCGUGUCGGACCUCUCCAAGAACAGGAUACACAGGAGGCGAUAGAAUCCUUCAAGGUGGCCAAGGAUUCAAUGCUCACAGUUCAGAAUGAGAUGUUGGAGACUUUCUUCAACUACAUCGAGGCCACGAACAUCCGAAGACCAGAGCCGAGGUCGCCGUACAGUGGGCAACUUGAACUUACUCACCUACCAGAGGACAAGAUCGACACCACAGUGCCGGAGACGGGCAAAGUGCGGCUAGAAUUGAAGUGGAGUGACUUGUCAGCUGUCUGGCAGAAGGCAUUCGAGCAGCCAAUCAAGGACGCGCUGGACAUCUACUUCAAGCAUGACGCCCUGGCCCCGGUCUUCCCUGGAGAGACGGUUGAUGAUUCGGAGAUAUUGCCCAGCCGAUUUGUCUUGGUCAACAAAUCGGAUCCGCGGAACAACCACCCCAAGGAUGCGGAUCUACCUGAUGCAAAGUUGAAGGCCAGACUUGUCAUUGCUGGGCACAAAGAUCAACGAGCAGGAGAUUUUGAGACUGAGUCACCAACGGCAAGUCUGCUGGCUCACAAUCUCCUUUGCUUUUUGGCAGCUCAGUGGGGAUGGAAGAUGUCUUUCUCAGACAUUGCGUCGGCCUUCCUACAGGGCGAUUAUCUGCCAUCUGAACGCAGAGUCUUUGUCCGCUGCCCUACCAACUACCCGAUGUUCGUCCGACAAUUUCUUACUCAACAACUACCUCCAGGAGCCCGCACAGAUUUGAUGAGGAUGAAAAAGGCUGGGUUCGGAUUGGCAGAAUCACCACGCUUGUGGUACAAGAAGUUCAAGCGUGGAACCGAAUCCAUUGGAGGAAGAGAGAUGCAACUAUGUCCAGGAGUCUUUUCCUUUUUCCAAGGGGGGAGGUUGAUUGCUCUCCUUGCAGUACAUGUGGAUGAUGUACGCCUCAUUGCUGAGCCAGAGAAGGAGAAAGAAGUCACUGAGCGACUGAACUCGCUCUUCACCUUUGGAGAUUGGAACAGGCCGACAGAUUGGACGAAGUUUUGUGGAAGAUUUGAGAAGCAGUUGGAGGAUGGCACGGUUUUGGUGCAGAUGGACAACUAUUCAGAAAGACUAUCAGAUUCCCCACAGAGAACCAGAGGAGAAGCACAUCCACUGCUGCCCAAUGAACGCAAGUGGAUCGGCACCAUUUGUGGACAGCUGAACUGGAUGGCUCGACAAUGUAGAGCCGAUUUGGCAUUCGGGGUAUCACGAGUCCAACAACUUGCAGGAGUCGCGGAUCCAGCAGCUUUGACCGAGCUGCGGGUGCUGGUGGAACGGGCCAGGAUGCCUGUGACCGUGAAAUUCACAGCGCUGGGAUGCGACAUCAAAGACAUGGUGGUGAUAUACACCUCGGAUGCUUCUUUCGCAGGCAUGCCCAGAGGCCGAUCUGGUGGAUUUGCGGUGGGAUUUGCCAACCCCGAGAUCCUGGCCGGAUCGGCCCCCAUCAAUGUUGUGCACUACCACUCGGGGCUCUUGAAACGGGUGGUUAGAUCAUCCUUGGCUGCAGAGAUCAGUCAGGCCGCGCAUACGCUGGAGGAGGGAGACUUCAUCAGGGCGCUUUUGGCCGAGAUGAUCUACGAAGGGUUCAGCCUAAAGAUGUGGCUGACACAUGUGGCUCGAUGGAAGCUGGUGCUGGUCUUGGACUCCCGUACGGGAUACGACCUUCUCAACGGCACCGGCUUGGGGGAGGACAAGAGGCUGGCGAUUGACAUUGCCGCUAUGAGGCAAUCGCUGCAUGAGGAUGGAGCAGCGAGGUUGGUGAGGUGGGUCCCUGGAGAGGAGAUCAUUGCGGACGACCUCACCAAACUCUGUGGCAAUCAGAAGCUGAUGACGGUCCUCUCCACGUCCAGAUGGGCCCUGAAGGACACCGAGGUGGCCAAGAGACUUCGUGCUGACGCCGCAGCAAGGAAGCGGACGUAUAGGCAGAAGGUAUCUGCCGACAGAAACGCCGCUGAAAGCAGCAGGCAGCGCUAG